GAGGGAGUGGCGGCGUGAGAAGCGUGAAAAGUGUCGGAAAGGAGGAAAAUGUUCGUCUCUCCCGUGCGUCGUCCUUUUGUGUGUGCGUCUGUGUUUGAUCGUCUCGCGGGGCACGCUUCCUUCGCUGAUGCUGAGGGACGUUCGUGUGGACUCGCCGUAAUGCCAGCGGGGCGCGGCAAGACGAAUGGUGGCUGUUGCCGUGAUGGUGUUGGCCACAGCGGCGCUCUGUGUAGCCCACAGUGGCUCAGAUGACCCGCCCCGCUGGUCUUCACGAGACCUGCCGGCGAGGACUUAUCAGAUCCGCGGAGCAAGUCGUCGAUGUCCCCGCCAGUCUAGUUGUGGUCAGCCAGCCUACCAACACCACCCCUGCUGCCAGUCACAACCCCAGCCCCAACCCCAACCACUGCCCCAGCCCAUACCCCAGCCCAUGCCCCAGCCCCUACCCCAGCCCCUGCCCCAGCCCCCGCCCCAGCAUUAUCCACAGCCACUACCAAUACAUAACACUUAUCCCCUCAUGCCUAUAAACCCCAGGGCACCCCCAGCAACAUGGAUUCCUCCCUACCCUCACCCAGUCCCUACAGAGUCUCCGAUCAUCCUUCUUCCGCCCAUAGAAAAUUUCACUUUGCCCAACAUUAGCACCCCCAUCAUGAUCAUGCAGCCCCCUCCUCCCCAGCCCAUCUACCAACAACCCCCCCAGGCCUGGUACCCGCCAAGCCCCCCAAUGUACCCACCACCUCCACCCCCACCUCCUCCACCCCCACCUCCACUUCCACCACGUCAACCACAACCCGUGUACUCACAGUGUCCAUACGGCCAGUGCGGCGGGUGUCCUCCCCCAACACCACCGCCGCCGACCGGGUGCCCCUUCGCCGCGAACAGACGUUUCCGCCGCCGCACACAACGUGAGUGCUACGUGGACGCGCAUUGUCCAGCCGGAAGCUCCUGCUGCCGCGGCGGCUGUGGCACCGGCGGCAAGAGCAUCUGUGUGCCCACCAUCCGGACCAGCACGGUGAAGGUGAGUGUGGUGCUGACCUCCGCCAGCAGUCACGCCCAGUGGUUCCUCAGGACACAGCUCACGCCCUUCCUUCAGGCCCUGCCGCAGCUCCUCAGCGUGGAGCUCAUCCCUUACGGCAACGUGACCGAGGAUGGCAGGUGUGAGUUCGGCCUCGGGGACUGUCUAGGUAAUUGGAUGGUGUCAUGCGCGGCUCGUCACCUGCCCGGCUCCUCCGCUGUUCACCUGGCCUUCUCCACCUGCCUCAUGCACCACACCACCGUCCUCCGCACCAACAAUUUCACCGGGAUCAUGGACACCGCUGUACAUUGUGCGGCUGGAUUCCCCGACGAGAUCAGCGACUUGUACAACUGCGGCGUGAGCGAGGAGGGCUACCAGCUCUUCCUCGACGCCGGCAGGAGGCAGCGAGAGUUGGCGCCUGUCGUGACUGAGGUGCCGCUCCUGGCUCUCAAUGAGGUGCCGGUGGUGCGGCGCGUUAGCCAGCUGGGGCAGUUCCCGGCGCUGCUCUGCCACCACCUGCAGGGCGAGGCAGCGGGCCGCGAGUACUGCCAACGCCUCCAACAGGAUCAGGAGGAGGCGGAACCCCGUGUGUGAGGCGUCACGAUUGCUCAGCCUCGCCCAGUUGUGUGACUGUCGGGAAUCCUUGAAGUGUUCAUCAGGAGCCUCACGCCAGCGGCGGGAGGACGGCGGGAAGGAGAUGUCGGAGAGUUCGGUGCCUCUGCCUUUUCUUGAACCGAUGUCUGUCGAGCCACUUGGUGUAUCAGGAGAGAGAUGACUGUACGAAUAUAUUUACUGACUUUA